AUGAAACAGAUCAUAACUCCUGAGAGAAAUAAGCACAACAUCAGGAGAGGAGAAGGAAGGAGCCAACAGAUCGAGAGGAUGGAAGAAACUGAAGACCCAGGAAUAACCCCGCAGGAGGCAUCAACCAGCCUGGAGCAGCUUCAGCUAGGGGCUAAAGAAAAAGGGAGACAAGAAGCAAGACGAAGUUUAAAGCGAAGGAACUGA